AUGGUCGCUUCCUCUCUUCUCCUCUCUUCCGUCAACUUCUUUGGAAUCAGCCGCAAUGUCAUCAUCUCUUGGUUCCGGGGUUCUACCCCCGGUGUCUCUGUCCCAAAGGCCAAAUGCAAAUAUGCCUUCGAAAUCAGAUUUCGUGACUAUUUCCAAUGCGGAAUAUCAACGUCUGGUCAGUCACCGAUCGAUAACUUCAGUGUUACACCCAAGCUGACUGCUAUCCAACGCGAGCAACAGCUUGAAACCGCGCGCCACUUCACAAAGCUCAAGGAUUCGCUCAUGAGCGGAGGGCUAUCUCGCGAAACCCUUGAUAUAAUCCUUUACGGGGCGCCGCCCUCUCCAUCAGAGACCCAUGAGAAUGGUAAAGGGGACGUUGCCAGAAACCACGUCCCGCAGUCAAAUGGUAACUCAAAAACGUUUGUUGCGAAACCACAUCAGAACCAUGGAAGCUUCGCAACGGAUCUCGACGACGACGGUGACGAUGACGAUGACGAGGGUGCCCUGACGGAUUCUCACACAGGUGAGAAGGACGAUUACGGAGAGUCUUCGGGGAGCGCAUCGUCCUCGCCCCAAGCCGAACAACGCACCGUGUUGAUCCGAGGUCUCCCCGACAAGGCUACUCAUCGCGAUAUUGUGGACGCUGUAAAGGGCGGCGCCAUCCUGCAUAUCUAUGUUUGGGCCAGGGAUCACACAGCAAGUGUCUCGUUCGUGGAGGAAUACGCUGCUCAGGAAUUCUUGGACUAUUCAAGGAUAUAUGGGUUGUAUGUGGCUGAGAAAAGAGUGGAGGUCUUAUGGAAUGACCGCCAGUUCUACCUUCCGCCGUUUGUUCGAUCCAAGAUCUACAAUGGAGCUUCGCGGAAUCUGGUCAUCUACAACGUCAACCCGAAUAUUACUGAAGGACACAUCAGAAAAGAUAUGGAACACAUCCACAACCUGAUUGUGAUCUCGGUCAAGUUCAAAAAUGGCAACGCCUACAUAUCAACGAACUCUGUGCACAAUGCUCUAUUUGCGCGCUCCUGCAUGAUGUCUCGCCUGACCUAUAAAGGAAUGAAGAUCGCCUUCUUUCCCGACGAAUGCGCGGAACCACUGGCAAAGAUACCCGCUAACCCUAAAAGGGACGCUCCAGCUGCGAAGAAGCCCGCUUCCUUGCCUAACAGAUUUCACCUUCUCUCUGUUGAUGGAUCGGAAGAUGAGGAAGGCGAAGAAGUUGCACUGGGAGUCAGUCUCAACGGCGAUGCCCGCUGGGCCGUGCCCGCUUGA